CUUGCUUCUUGUUCAUUUGACUCCGUAUAAGUGAAGCCGUGGAAGGGCCCCUAAAAUUGUUUUCUGUUUCUGCUCUGAAACGCAAAACAAACGGCCCCUACUGCUUCCAAUUACUCACGCGUAUCUCUAUCUUCUGGAAAGUUGAAACUUGAAACCACCACCGUCUCUGCUGUAUAGCUAUCCGUAUUCACACGAAGAAAAACAAAGUUUCUGCUAACAAUCUAUUCCAACAUACCAUCCGAGUGUCUUGCCGGAUUUGUGGUUACAAGAGGAAGCGCCGGAAGAUGUCGACUUCGGGGCCUAAGCUCGAAAGAAUUCCUAGCAUGAGGGAGAGAGUGGAGGACACUCUAUAUGCUCACAGAAAUGAACUGGUUGCUCUUCUCUCCAGAUUUGUGGCGCAGGGGAAGGGGAUAUUGCAACCGCACACCUUGAUCGACGAGCUUAAUAACGUCAUCUGUGAUGAAACUGCAUGUAUUAAGCUCAGUGAUGGUCCAUUCAGCGAAGUUCUGAAAGCUGCUCAGGAAGCCAUAGUACUUCCUCCAUUUGUUGCCUUAUCUAUCCGUCCGAGGCCAGGUGUUUGGGAGUUUGUGCGUGUCAAUGUAUAUGACCUAAGUGUUGAUCAGUUGACAGUUUCAGAGUAUCUCAGGUUCAAGGAAGAACUUGUCAAUGGGAAAAAUGAUUCAUUCACCCUUGAGCUUGAUUUUGAGCCAUUCAAUGCAUCAAUACCGCGGCCCACCAAAUCCUCUUCCAUCGGAAACGGGGUUAUAUUCCUCAAUAGACAUCUUUCUUCAAUCAUGUUUCGCAACAAAGACUGUUUGGAGCCUUUACUUGAUUUUCUUAGAGUACACAUGCACAAAGGACAUGUACUAAUGGUAAAUGACCGAAUGACAAAAAUUUCCCGCCUUGAGUCCUCAUUGGCUAAGGCAGAUGAUUAUCUUUCAAAGCUUCCACCAGAAACACCAUAUGCAGAGUUUGAAUAUGUAUUGCAGGAAAUGGGUUUUGAGAGAGGUUGGGGUGAUACUGCAGGACGGGUUAAAGACAUGAUGCACCUGCUGUCUGACAUCCUUCAGGCUCCUGAUCCAUCAAAUUUAGAAACAUUUCUUGGUAGAAUUCCUAUGGUUUUCAAUGUUGUCAUUUUGUCAAUUCAUGGAUACUUCGGUCAAGCAAAUGUGCUGGGGUUGCCUGACACAGGUGGCCAGGUCGUGUAUAUACUGGAUCAAGUACGUGCCCUGGAGACUGAGAUGCUUCAAAGAAUAAAGCAGCAAGGACUUAAUAUCAAGCCUAAAAUACUUAUCGUUACACGUUUGAUACCUGAUGCGAAAGGAACUUCUUGCAACCAGCGUAUGGAGAAAGUAAGUGGAACUGAGCAUUCACAUAUUUUGAGGGUCCCUUUUCGAACGGAUAACGGGGUUCUUCGCAAAUGGAUAUCAAGGUUUGAUGUGUGGCCUUACCUGGAAAGAUAUGCUGAGGAUGCUGCAAGUGAAAUAUCUGCUGAGAUGCAAGGUGUACCCGAUCUGAUUAUCGGAAACUACAGUGAUGGAAAUCUAGUUGCAUCCUUGUUAUCCCAUAAGUUGGGGGUGACACAGUGCACUAUUGCGCAUGCAUUGGAGAAAACCAAAUACCCGGACUCUGAUAUAUAUUGGAAACAAUUUGAGGAAAAAUAUCAUUUUUCAUGCCAAUUUACGGCUGAUUUAUUGGCGAUGAAUACUUCAGAUUUCAUAAUUACCAGCACAUACCAAGAGAUUGCUGGGACGAAGAACACAGUUGGUCAGUAUGAGAGCCACACGUCUUUCACCUUACCAGGCUUAUACCGAGUUGUUCAUGGGAUUAAUGUUUUUGAUCCCAAAUUUAAUAUAGUUUCUCCAGGAGCAGAUGACACUAUUUACUUCUCGUACUCUGAGAAGGAUAAGCGGUUGACGUCCUUUCAUGGCUCAAUUGAAAAGAUGAUAUAUGGUACUGAGCAGAAUGAUGAUCAUAUCGGCACACUGAGUGAUCCAUCAAAGCCCAUAAUUUUCUCCAUGGCAAGGCUUGAUCGAGUUAAGAACAUUACGGGGCUAGUAGAGUGCUACGCUAAGAAUGCAAAGCUUAGAGAAUUGGCAAGCCUUGUUGUUGUUGCUGGCUACAAUGAUGUAAAGAAGUCGAGUGACCGAGAAGAAAUAGAAGAAAUUGAGAAGAUGCAUGCUCUUAUGAAGCAAUACAGUUUGGAUGGGCAUUUAAGAUGGAUAUCUGCCCAAACAAACCGAGCACGUAACGGCGAGCUUUAUAGAUACAUAGCUGAUAAGAGGGGAAUCUUUGUACAGCCUGCUUUUUAUGAAGCUUUUGGAUUGACUGUGGUGGAAUCAAUGACUUGUGGUCUUCCGACAUUUGCAACAACCCAUGGUGGCCCCAUGGAGAUUAUUGAAGAUGGUGUUUCAGGGUUCCAUAUUGAUCCUUAUCAUCCUGAACAAGCUUCUGAACUCAUGAGUAACUUCUUUCAAACAUGCAAUGAAAAUCCUGAAUUCUGGUUUAAAAUCUCUGAAGCAGGUCUUCAGAGGAUAAAAGAAAGGUAUACAUGGAAGAUUUACUCGGAGAGGCUGAUGGCUUUAGCUGGAGUUUAUGGCUUCUGGAAGUAUGUUUCGAAACUUGGGAGGAGUGAAAUAAGGCGAUACCUAGAGAUGUUCUACAUUCUCAAAUACCGCGAAUUGGUUAAAUCUGUUCCCCUUUCAGUUGAUGAUCAGUGAAAAGAUUGGUGGAGGGGAGUAUGAUGUUAUAUAGAUAGUAUAUGGUAUGGAUCGAGUAGAAGUUAGCCAGAAUAAUGGAUGCUCCCCGUCAACGUGUUUAAGAUGCAGGUAAGUAGUUUGCUGAUCUAAAUUUGUGCCCCGUUUGGAUGAGAUGCAUGCAGCUCAAGCGUAGUAGUAGUUGUGUGGUGUACAUUAUCCUGCCACUGUACUCCAGAAAUAUGUCACAUAUGUUCACAUAUGUUCAUGUUAAUAAGAUGGUGCGAGUAUCUACUCUAUUUCCCUUGUGCUGUUUGUAUUUGCAUUUUCUGUUUCCUCCAAAUAAGAUGCAUUCAACCUUGGCUUAUGCGUAGUACUACGUAUAUUAUUGGCUUGGACUGCACACAAGAUAUAUAUACU